AUGGACGUUCCUUCAAGCGCUGUGUUCCUCAACGAGUGGAAUGAGGCUCUGGAUGGCAUUCUGAUGGACCUCGAUCCCUCCAUCUCGCUCCUUGGCUUUGAGAAUGCUGGGAAUACAUGCUACCUCGAUAGUCUGCUCUUCUCGAUGUUUGGAGGCACGACCGUCUUCGACCCGCUGGUGACCAGUUUCGCGGAGGUCAAGGACAGCGAGUCCGCCGCCCUUGCGAAUCUCCGGACGAGCCUCCGCAUGGUGAUCAACCGGCUGCGCGCCGGCAAGCUCGUCAAGGUCCCAUAUGUUCACCGACUCAUGAACUGCCUCAUCGCCGCCGGAUGGUUUGGCGACGCCGCCAAAAAGAAGUACAACCAGGAAGAUGUCUCGGAGCUGUAUCUGUUUCUGAUGGACAAACUCGGCGCACCAUACCUGCCCUUUCAACAGGCGUUCUUCCAUGGCGCCAUGGAUGACCAGGACGAUCUGCGAAUCGUUACUUCGCGGCUCUUGGAACUGGCCAUGCCUGAGCCGCUCAAGGAAUCGGAUUCGAGCAAGCCCUACAGCGACGCUGUACAUCUCGAGGAUCUGCUCGUCGACUACUUUUUCAGCUCCCAAGUGAACGUCCACCGCCACCCGGAAGUGCUCGGGGACUCGGAUGAGAAAACCCGAACGGUGGACGCCUGGCGAGCCUGGCGCAUGUUGCCCUUCUUUUCGUCCCAAAACGAAAUUGGCGAGAGCGUCACCGUCAAAGAAUACGAGUUUCAUCACCGAAUGAUGCUGCCAAUGGUCCUGAAGCGCUACGUGAAUACCGAGACGUCGGUGCACAGAAUCGAUCGCCAAGUGUUGAUACCGACCCAAAUUCCGUUCGGCAACUUUAUCCUGCCACCCGAAAGCAACUCAGACCGUCUGUUUGAGCGCAUCUCGUCCUACCAGCUUUCGCUUCGGUCUAUCAUCUCUCAUAUCGGCACAAGCACUCGCAGUGGCCACUAUAUGUGCCAUACACACCGGCACGAGGCCACUCAGGCUGAGCCGCCCUCGUCUGAGCCUCGACCAGCUGAUGUGUGGUACCAGUUCGAUGAUCUGCGCCGAGUGCCUGAUGCCAAGAGCAACACAGCCUCGCCUCCUGAGAUGGCGUUUGAGCGCACCGUCAAGCUCGAGACCGUCGAGGCUGUCACCCAGAUGCUGGAGCUGACCAGCGGCACGGCGUACUUUUUACUCUAUGAGCUGACCCAGGGCGACAUCAACGACCAGAAGCUCGAGUCCGACGAAGUGGCCGAAUGGAGCGACUCUCAGAUGGCGCUGCAUCUGCAGGGCAUGGAAUACAAAAAGACGAGCAAAAAGAAGAGGGCGUGCGUCGUUAUGUAA